UUGUGACAUUGACAUUUCUUCUUCCCCAUUUUGUCAUUUUUCCAGUUGGUUGGGACGGCUUUUUUUUAACAAAAUAUACCAAAAAGUGAUCCUUACAAGGAUCACUAAAGAAAUCUGGGCUUUCUAGAGAAAAUAUUAGUGAAAAUGAACAAAAUUAUCCCUGUGGCUGCCAAGCUUUUGUCUGAAAAUGGUGGAGUAAUUACUAAAGCCGCCGCCCCAGCAGUAACUACCUCUCAGGCCAAAUACAGCACUAAAAGUGAAGCAGCAUUUGAAGUUAAGCCUUUUAAACUGCACAAGCUGGACCAUGGCCCGUCCACCAAGACAUCAGUCUCAUCCGAGGAAGCCCUGGACAUGUACCGGAAGCUGACUCUGCUGCGUCGGCUGGAGACGGCCGCCGGGAAUCUUUACAAGGAGAAGAUCAUCCGAGGAUUCUGUCACCUGUACUCAGGCCAAGAGGCAGUAGCAGUCGGCAUGAAGGCAGCCAUGCGGGAGCAGGACACCGUGAUCACGGCCUACCGCUGCCACGGCUGGACCUACCUCAUGGGAGUCUCAGCAGUCGGAGUGCUGGCUGAGCUGACUGGACGAGGGACUGGGUGUUCGAGGGGCAAGGGAGGGUCCAUGCAUCUGUACGGGAGGAACUUCUACGGAGGGAACGGGAUUGUGGGCGCUCAGGUGCCUCUAGGGGCUGGUCUGGCGUUCGCGCACAAGUACCGCGGCGACGGCGGCGUCAACUUCGCGCUGUACGGGGACGGGGCGGCCAACCAGGGACAGCUGUUCGAGGCGUACAACAUCGCCAAACUGUGGAACCUCCCUUCGGUGUUCGUGUGCGAAAACAACGGAUACGGCAUGGGUACAAGCAAGGACAGGUCCUCAGCGUCCACGGAAUACUACACUCGAGGGGACUACAUCCCCGGCGUGUGGGUGGACGGCAUGGACGUACUGGCUACUAAGGAGGCCACGCGCUUCGCCAUAGACUACUGCACUAGCGGGAAGGGCCCGCUAGUCAUCGAGAUGGAGACCUACCGCUACGGGGGCCACUCCAUGUCGGACCCGGGCACGUCGUACCGCACCCGGGACGAGGUGCAGGAGGUGCGCCAGACGAGGGACCCCAUCACCAGCUUCAAGGACAAGCUGUUGGCCAACGAGCUGGCGACGCCGGACCAGCUGAAGGAAAUCGACAUCGCAGUCCGCAAAGAAGUCGACGAAGCGACGAAACAGGCCAAGUCUGACGCCGAAAUCGGAGUAGAGGAACUAUCGGCAGACAUUUACGUCAACAACCUUCACAACGAGAUCCGGGGGGUCACGCCAAUGGCACCCCUACAGCAUAUCAGCGUAGCGCAGAGGGCCUAGACAUCUCAAAUAGCUCAUCGUUCGAGGUAAAAGUUCCAAAAAAUAUAAAUAGAUGGCGCUGAAAUAGAAAUGUGUUGGUCAAACAGAGCGCACAAAAUUGAAAAGCGUUAGUAUUUUACCUCAAACGUAUUUAGCUCCAGUGAUUUUCUUUAUUUUAAUAGUACACAAUAAAUUGUAUGGAUAUCUUUUCUUGACGUCGAAAAUAAUGCUGUCUCUGUUGCACAUUUGUGUCAACUGUUGCAAUAGAUUUGACAGUAUGAAGACUAGAUGGAGAUAUAAAAUAUUAACAGUUGUACUUUAAAAGGAGAAAGGAAGUAUAAUUCUGUUGUUGAAAGGAAUAUUAAAGAUGUUAUUUAUUGAAAUUAUUUGUUCGCGUCUGAAAUUGUAUAGAGAAGAAUUGAAAGAAUAAAGUGAGUUGCCAAUUCAUUUUGUGGUCCAUUUUUAUAUACAUACAUAGUAAUUUUUGCCGAGUGUAGUCGUAAAUGAAUAGUGCGUUUUAGUAUGGGUAUUAAAAUUUAUUUUGCCUAUUUUUUGUACAAAUCUUGAUAUUAUAAAUAGAAAUCUUUGCAAACUAAAAUGAAAACAGGUUUAGCUUAAAAUAUAUGAAAAGGAUAUAAAAAUUGGUUAUGUUUAAAUCCGAUUAUGUUUUUAGCCUACAAAUUUUGUACCAAUUUAUGUUGCAUUAUUUAUCGUUAAUUUGUAAGAGAAAUAUAUUAUUGCUAAAAAAUC